AUGACAACCCUGCUAUCAAUGGAACCAAAGGUCAAAACCACUACCACUCUCCCCAAUGACAAGGCAUUUGCCUUUCUUGAGAGGUUCACACACAAAGAAUUCACUGACACCACCCUCCUAUUCAACAUCAAAAUUGAGCUUGCUGUUGCUGGCAUUGCCUUCAAAUUGGAGGAAUGGUUAGACCUGAUCAAGAUCAUCAUAUUGAAUCUGGGGGGCAUGGGGAUAAAUGCCAUCAAGGCUGCAUGGGAGCUCAAACAAGCUAAGGUAGCCCCAGUAGUUCCCUUGUUGGAAGAUGCUGCCACAUGGCAGUUGGUUUUGUGUUGGGCAACUGAUGAUAGCCUUUCCUUCAGCAUAUUCUUGACAGAGAUGGAGAAGUUUGGCAACAGAUACCAGUUUGACAAGUGGAAGUCCAUCUUUGACCAAGUAUUUGAAGCCUCUUGGGAGGGUACCACUGUUGAGGUCAUUAGGGCAGCCAUGGCUGAGCAUGGUGUCAUCAAGCCCUCUAGCAGAAGCUCAUGCAGAUCCCACCACUCCCUACACCCAGCGAAGCAUCCAAGAAUGAGCACAUCUGCUUCUCAAUAUCUGGAUAUUUCUGCACAGGAGGAUGAAGAGGACAAAGAGGAAGACAAGGAAGAUGAACUAGACAAUGAAGUGGACUGCCAUCCAAGGGUGACCAUGAUAGCUCCAUCAGGGCACAUGAAUCUAACUCAACAGCUCAAAAGCCUUUUCCACCACUAUGGUGGCAAGGGGAGUGCAGAAGGGUCAAGGGCAAUGACUCAGCCAAGAGUAUUCAAGGUCAUGCUGCCCUCUGGCAGCCUCAAAAAUGAAAUUGCCUAUGUACAGCACAUUGAAGGCAACUCAGUGUACAUUCUCAUUGUUCCUUGGAAUUUGCCCUACAUCUCCAGUGGUGAGAACUCUGUGGUCUGCUGGGAGCUUUUUGAUGUGGACCUGGCCUACAAACAUGGCCUGGAAGUAACCCUUACCCUGAGUCCAGAGGGGCAUACUAUCACCCACUGCCUCCAGUCUCAGUACCACUGCAGCCUUCUUCAUGGAUAUUUUCGAAGGUGUAAUGUUGAGCCAGUGAACCUGCCUACUCCUGAGCAAAUUGCAUGGUUCAUUGUGUUGGGUGUGGAUCCCACUUUGGUCACACAUACCUUAACUUAUUUCUCUGCUCAAAGGUGGCAGGUAGGGGACUGUGGCAAGAUUCAGGCUGGGGAGUUUGUCAACAAGGUAGCCUACAUCACAAUGGACAUCCAAGGUGAAUCAGUGAUUGUUUGUUUGGAUAAUCCUACCCUGGAAUUGCCUGCAUCUCUGGAGAUUUCAAUCUACAACUUCAAAUGCAAGUUUCACAGUGGCAAUUCAGUAGAUGUCAUUGCCAGCCCUCAUCAUGGCUUUGAGGGCAUGGUACUUAGUGUUGACAUGAUCAAGGAGAUGGCUCUAUUGUGUGGCAAUGACAGACAACAGGAAAGUCAGGGUAUUCAGAUUGAAGAGCACUUCAUAGAGCCAGGGGAUGCACACAUCAAAAAGGUGUUCAAUGACAAAGAUGCCAAGGGGGACAAGGGCAAGUCCAAGGCUCAAGUACCAGAGGUUCCUGGUGAGGACAGCAAUGGUGAUGGGGCUGACAAUGAGGUGAUCAUUUUCUCGAAGAAGAAGGGGUGGGACAUAUCUAAAGGCGACCUAAUACAAGUCAUAUGUGGUCCUGCUGUAGAUGUUGAAGGGGUCGUUUGCAGCAUUGACUUGAUCACUGCAACCCUUACACUGGAGUCUGAAGACAGUCCAUGGGUACAUGAACAUCAUAUUGGAUGUGAAGUAUGGAUCAUCUCAGGUCUGAAUAAGGGAUACAGUGGGAUGCUGCGAUCAGUAGGCCAAACUUCAUGCACAGUUGCAAUCCAUUCCGGCACAAUGACAUUCAAAAAUACUGCAGUCAUCUCCAGAUUUGGCAUGUUGCUUGAUGGGACACUGCUAGAUCCAGGUCCAAGCAACCCCUGGGUCACCACCCCCAAUGAUGUCAAUGCACAAUGUUGCAGUGAGCAGGAGCAACAGAGCAUUGACUAUGGAUGCAUGUCCUGGCUCUUUGACAAUGACUUCUGUAACUUCAGCAAGUGGCAUGUCUGCUUGAGAGUCAGGCUUGCCUACAAUCAUGGGACCCUGGGCAAGCAAGUGGUUUGCACCACCAUUUCAGAUCAUUUCUUUUCAGAGAAGCAUGGCAUGGCACCUCCUGGGCAUGUAUUGGCCACCAUGACCUCAAGCACUGCAAGCACCAUCAUUGAACAUCACACUCUCCCACCAACCCAACAAGUACUGGUCAGCACUGCCUAA